UUCUUCCACUGAACCAACCAUUUUAGUAAAGCUCUUCAAUCCUCAACAGCACCAUUACUCUUCAUUCUAAACUUCGAGGGUUCCAACAUUGAAAUGGCUGCAACAGUGUUCGCCGUUUCACCGUCCUACGCUACCGGAAUCACGCCACGUGGCAUCUUCAUACGAAGUAAGGCACCAUCUCUACUAUCUUUGCACCACCGCAGCACAGCGGCCGUCGGUGGCAGCACCUUCCAGUGCCAGGCAAAGAUUUUACAGGAAAACUCUGAUCAGGAUGCCGAAUCCGGACCCGCCGUCAACCUUCGAGAAGCGAUACCGGAAGCAAAACAAGAACUCAAAGCCAAGGGCAAAACCUUCUGGGAAGCGCUGUCGUUCAGCGGACCGGGCCCUGAGCGGAUCAACGGCCGGCUUGCUAUGGUCGGGUUCGUCUCCGCCAUGGCAGUCGAGUUAGCUGCAGGAGAGGAUUUGGCAGCUCAGCUCGCAAACGGCGGCGUGUUUUGGUUCGCCGGCGCGGCGGCGUUGCUCUCGGUGGCGUCGCUGGUUCCGUUAUUUCGCGGCGUGGACGCGCCGGACCGGUCCAAUGCGCCCAUGACAGCUGAGGCGGAGAUAUGGAACGGCCGGUUUGCUAUGCUGGGGCUUGUUGCUCUUGCUGUCACUGAGUAUGUUAAGGGUGGCCCUCUUGUCUAGGCUUCUUUGUUGUAGUACUCUUGUUGUACGUUCUGUCAUACUUCUCUGUAUAAUCAAAACUCAGUAAUUAAUAUGAGUUGAUGAGAUCUUUAAUUGUAAAAGAAUGAACAGCCUACUUGGGUAUAUUAAUAUAAUGGAUUAAAUUGCGCUUUAAUGUAAA